CUCUAGCCCAGGCCAAUCAGCUUUCAGAUUAGAGGGUUUAACUCCUAUUUAAAAUGAAGACUUUGAAUCUUAACGGCUGAGCUCUCGGGAGGACUCGGCGGCUUUGGGUCGGAGGCGGGAGCCGGCGGGCAUCAUGGACAGAUCUAAAGAAAACUGCAUUGCAGGGCCUCUUAAGACUACAGUUGGACUUGGUGAUGGUCCAAAACGUGUUCUGGUGACUCAGCAAAUUCCUUCUCAGAAUCCGUUAUCUGCAAAUAGUGGCCAGGCCCAGCGGGUCUUGUGUCCUUCAAAUUCCUCCCAGCGAGUUCCUCCACAAGCACAAAAGCUCGUCUCCAGCCAUAAACCAGUUCAGAAUCUGAAGCAGAAGCAAUUGCAGGCCACCAGUGUCCCUCGUCCUGUCUCUAGGCCACUGAAUAAUACCCAAAAGAAUGAGCAAGCAUCAUCAUCAGCCCCUGGAAAUAAUUCUGAAAAGGAACUGGCAACGAAACAGAAAAAUGAAGAAUCAAAAAAAAGGCAAUGGGCUUUGGAAGAUUUUGAAAUUGGUCGUCCCCUGGGUAAAGGAAAGUUUGGUAAUGUUUACUUGGCGAGAGAAAAACAAAGCAAGUUUAUCCUGGCUCUUAAAGUAUUAUUUAAAGCUCAACUGGAGAAGGCAGGAGUUGAGCAUCAGCUGAGAAGAGAAGUAGAAAUACAGUCCCACCUUAGGCAUCCAAAUAUUCUCAGACUCUAUGGUUAUUUCCAUGAUGCCACCAGAGUUUACCUAAUUCUAGAAUAUGCGCCUCUGGGAGCUGUCUACAGGGAACUUCAGAAACUGUCAAAGUUUGAUGAGCAGAGAACUGCUACUUAUAUCACAGAGUUGGCAGAUGCCCUGUCUUACUGUCACUCAAAGAGAGUCAUUCAUAGAGACAUUAAGCCAGAGAACCUACUCCUUGGAUCGGCUGGAGAGCUUAAGAUUGCAGAUUUUGGGUGGUCGGUACAUGCCCCAUCCUCCAGGAGAACCACCCUGUGCGGCACCCUGGAUUACUUGCCCCCAGAGAUGAUUGAAGGCCGAAUGCAUGACGAGAAGGUGGAUCUCUGGAGCCUUGGGGUUCUUUGCUAUGAAUUUCUAGUUGGGAAGCCUCCUUUUGAGGCAAGCACAUAUCAAGAGACCUACAAAAGAAUAUCGCGGGUUGAAUUCACAUUCCCUGACUUCGUGCCGGAGGGAGCCAGGGACCUCAUUUCAAGACUGUUGAAACAUAAUCCCAGCCAAAGGCCGACUCUCAAAGAAGUACUUGAACACCCCUGGAUCACAGCAAAUUCAUCAAAGCCAUCAAGUAGCCAAAAAAGCAAAGAAUCAGCUAGCAAACAAUCUUGAGAAUGGUGCAGGGGGAGAAACCUGAGAGGCAGCGCUGCCGUUUGGUGUCAGGAACAGGCCUGCGUGGGCCCGAGGGCGCUGCCUCAGCCUCCCCACUCAAGAGUCCAUGUCAGUGAGCACUGCUCUGGAGUGAAGGGAGCUGCAGGAAUUGUGGCAGGGUCACUAGUUCCUCAGUCCCGGAGCCUCCCCGCAGCCUGGUUCGCAUGAGGCCUCCUUGUGGAGGGAGGACCGGCCCGGGGUCUGACUGCGGGGAGAGUGGCCACUUCACCAGGACUCCAUCAGUGACCGAGGCGUGCAAUAACCUUCCAAGUACCUUCGUGUGUGUGUAACUUAUUGGGUGGCCAAGCCUGGGAAAGCUGUCAGUAUGAACAUGUGAUUCUUUCUUUUAAAUGUUAAAAUAAAGAUUUUUGUAUAGACUUC